GGAUGAGAGAGGAAAUGUCAAUAGGACGACAAGAGGCAUUUGAAAUCUUCAAGAGGGACCAUGCUGACAGUGUUACCAUCGAAGACAACAAACAGAUUUUAAAGCAGAGAUUUUCUGAAGCAAAGGCCCUGGGAGAAAGUAUAAAUGAAACAAGAAGUAAAAUUGGUCACUUGAAGGAAGAAAUCACCCAGCACCAUAUGCAGCAAGUAGCUCUAGGCAUCUCAGAAAAUGUAGCCAUGCCUUCAAUUCCAGACUUGGUAGAAGAGAAGCUUCGAUCACAACUGGAGGAAGAAAAGAGAAGGUAUAAAAUGAUGUUCACACAUCUGAAGGCCCUGAAGGUGGAGAUCGAGCACUUGCAGCUGCUCAUGGACAAAGCCAAGGUGAAGUUGCAGAAAGAGUUUGAAGCCUGGUGGACCGAGGAAGCCACCGGCCUGCAGGUAAAUUCUUCAGCAGUGAAUUCACUCAAUCACACGAAGCCCUUUCCCCAGACACCUGAGUCCCAGUGUGAAAGGCCUCAGCUUCUCUGUAACCAAAGUGAUGUGAAUGCCAGGAAAAUCUUGCCCUCACCUUGCCCCAUCCUGCACAGCCGGGAGCCCAACAGCACCAGCACAUCCCUGAAAGACAGCAUCCCUGAGAAGCCAGCAUCAUCUGUCCCUCUCACUGGGGACAGCCAGACUGACUCCGACAUCCUGGCAUUCAUCAAGGCCAGACAGAGCAUUCUGCAGAAGAAAUGUUUCCAGUAAGCAUCCGGCCGUGCCCUGUGCAGCAAGAACAGAGUAUGGAUGAAGGAAGGCGCCUUUUCUCACUCACCCUGGCUGCAGAUGUGAUCUGUGGACUGCUGGGAGCAACUAGUGAUUUGGGUUCCAAGAGAGAGAGCUGUGUUUCCUUAAGUAUGGUGUCUGGAGGCUGCCAGUGAGGCUGGGGCUUCUUGCGCCACCCGUGCUGUGGGUGCUGGGGCUGUUGGCCAGACCAAGCAAUGCCAGGGUGCUAAGGGGUUAAGAUAAGGGCUUCUGCUCACUCCUGUAGUGGUUGAUUUUAGACCUUGGAGAUGAUGAAAUAGUACCAUCAUAAUGUAGUGGCAGGGGAAGCUCAUGCUGGUAGAAUAUGGAAGAAAUGACAAUCUGUUAUUUUUAGCUACCUACCAGCCCACUCUCUGCCCCACCCCCUGGUGUAGGAGCCCAGGAAUGGCUGGGACAAGCCAGGCAGGACGUUGCGGCCAAAGACAAAGCAGUGGAGCCCAAAGCAUCCUGAUGGCCAGUCCUGAUCUCCCAAACCAAACCUUCCACCAUCACCCUGACGGCCCAGAUGAACCAUAUUUCCAGGGAGUCACCUACCCUGCAGGGUCCAAGGACAUCGUUGCACCCUGGGAGCGGUGGAUGGCUCCUAGGAGCUCUGCAGAGAGCAUGGGAGGGGCAGUGUGGGCACCUUGGGCCUCACACCCUCACCCAGCCUCUUGGGGCUCUGCAGGACUUGGGCCAAAACUCCCCAAAAUCCCACCAGGAAGACAGAGCUGCUGGGGGCUUGCCUCAGUGAGCGUUGCAGCACUCCAUGGCCUGGCUGCAGGAUACAAACCCAGCGGAGGGUGGGCCAGCCCUCAGGAGGCCCUCCAAGGGCAGUGGUGCCAAGGUCCCAAGCCAGCAGUAGAUGGGGAGGGGUGUGGAGUGGGGAGAGGAAGGGCAUUUGAAAUGAAACUAACUGAAUAAAAGUGUU